CUCUCUCCAUCCUCUUCGAAGAGUGGCAAACACUUGGGAUUCUAAGAACAGAGCAUCUUUUUUCCCCCCUUCUCGUUUGUUCUCUCUGUCCUCUCAAAUCCACUUUUUUUUUUUUUGGGGCAACCUUAAUCGCAUUCCCGAAAACAGGUAUUCUCUUCAAACCCUAGUUUCCUCAAAUGGUGAGUUUUGUGGAGAAGAGAGAGAGAAUGGCCAGCCAAAACGUCGUCGCAUCGGAAGCCAAGUCCGGGAUCAUCACCGUCACCGUCGCCGUCGCCAACCCCUCCGCCCAGAAACCUCCGACGGCGCCUGGUUACAUCUCGAUUUCCAGGAAGAAGCUCCUCCAUAACCUCGAAAUCAAUGGCGGCCACAGAAUCAACGCCUGGGUCGACUCCAUGCGCGCUUCGUCCCCUACCCACCUCAAAUCUGUUCCUUCUCUUUCCCCCGAGGAGCGAAACUCUUGGAUCAUACAGCAUCCCUCGGCGCUGGACAUGUUCGAGCAGAUCAUCGAAGCUUCGAGAGGGAAACAAAUCGUUAUGUUCUUGGACUACGAUGGCACGCUCUCUCCCAUCGUCGACGACCCCGAACGAGCCUUCAUGUCGAGCAAGAUGAGAAGAACAGUGAGAAAGCUGGCCAAGUGUUUCCCGACUGCCAUAGUGAGCGGGAGAUGUAGAGACAAGGUUUAUAACUUUGUGAAGCUUGCAGAGCUGUAUUAUGCUGGUAGCCAUGGAAUGGACAUCAAAGGCCCUACCAAAGGCUCCUCCAAAUACCAGAAGGACAACCCAUCUGUUGUGUUCCAACCAGCGAGCGAGUUUCUUCCCAUUAUCGACGAGGUUUAUAAAGAGCUCGUGGAUAAAACAAAAUCAACCCCCGGAGCCAUGGUGGAGAACAACAAGUUCUGUCUCUCUGUUCACUUCCGAUGUGUCGAUGAGAAGAAAUGGAGCGAAUUGGCUCUACAGGUUCGGUCGGUCAUUAAGGAGUACCCAAAGUUGAGGCUGACCCAAGGUCGGAAGGUAUUAGAAAUCCGUCCGACAAUUAAGUGGGACAAAGGGAAGGCCCUUGAGUUCUUGUUAGAGUCACUUGGAUUUGGAGAUUGUAACAAUGUUUUUCCGGUUUACAUCGGCGAUGAUCGGACCGAUGAAGAUGCAUUUAAGAUGCUAAGAGAAAGAGGGCAAGGCUUUGGCAUUCUUGUCUCAAAGUUCCCAAAGGAAACCAACGCGUCUUAUUCUUUGCAAGAACCCACCCAGGUGAUGGAUUUUUUGCGACGGUUGGUGGACUGGAAACAAAUGCAUCCAAGAAUGUGAAUGCGAACUAUGAAAUAACUAUAUAUAUAGUAGUACGUAGACCUUUCGAAAUAAAAUAUUAUCAAACGGAUAUAUAUAUAUAUAUAGAUAAACAUGCAGGUAUACGCUUAAACCUUUCAUGGAACGUCGUAAAAGGACAUAUGGGGCAAGUUCUUGACAUGCCCGUGACUGUUCUUUGUUCGUCAUAUUGUUUUUAGGAAAAAAAGACGAACAAUAUGAUAUAUGUAUAUAUGUAUACAUAUGUAUGACCGCAGAGAAUAUGAGAGGUCUAUUUUAUGUAGGCUCGAGGGUCUUUGUACUCUUAUAGCUAGGUUUGUGGAAUGGUAUAUUUUGUAAAUUUAUUAAUAUGCAAAUGUGUAUUAAUUAAAACAGAGUCAUAAUUCUCGCU